AUGUCUUCGGUUCGUGGGAAUAUGCGCGUCGGGGAUCUGAAUCAUUUCCAGAUGUAUCACGAGGGACCUCUGCAGAUAAACAGCAUGGUGAACUCAGAUUAUGGAGCCACAGAUGUUACAAACUACUUCAACCCGGCAAACUCUGUGCCGAGGGCGGAUAAAUGCGUUGCAAUACUGACCCACAGGAGAAAGAGGACCAACUUUACCCAGCAGCAAAUCGAGGUGUUGGAGAAGGUUUACUCGGACACUAAAUAUCCUGACAUCUACCUGCGAGAGAGACUGGAGGCUGUGACCGGGCUGCCGGAGUCCAGAAUCCAGGUGUGGUUUCAGAAUAGAAGGGCCAAGUCUCGUCGCCAAGUCGGCUCGUCAGGGUCGAUGAAGGUCGCAAACCCGCCGGCAGCUGGCCCCUUCAGCCAGCUCCAGAGCAGGAUGGGCCCAGAGACAGUUUAUGACAACAAUCAUGGAGCCGAGGCACACAGGAUAGGAGGUUUUGGACUGGAGGAGACUUUCAGACCUACAAUGCACCAAAACACAGAUGAUGCUCACAGAACCAGUAUGUCCACCAAACCCAGCAGCUACGUCCACACGCCCGUCUCUUGCAUUUAUGAGAAGGAGGGAACCAGAGGGAAGCCUGAGCAGAUGCAACGACGCGAGCUGAGCGUUAAUGUCCCGUGCUGUAACAUCCAUCUGUAUCCCAAGGAGAACGAGCAUCCUCCCAAGAUCGAAGCCAAUAUGUCGGCUAACCAGGGUCCAAAGGUUCUGGUGGAAUACGACAAUUUCCCACCUAACAAGACCAUCGGACCAGAGAUGAAAGUUGUGAUUCCGCCGAUCCCCACCCAGAAUAACUUCAGCAGGUCUUCACCAAAGGAUAAUGGAUGCCAAAUCCAGUAUCCUUGUGUGAGGGCCACAGGAGACCGGUUCAGUCACUUCUCCCCGAUCCAUGCUACUGAGGCCCAGGACUUUACUGACUCAGACUCUGACUGGGAAACCGAAGCCAUGGCGGGCUUUGGUGGCUUUAUGUGA